UAUUUUUUGCAUGGCAGGGUUUAGACGAAACAUUUCACAGCUCCGACGAAGAGCCAAGCACGUCGUCCGACGUGAGCAUACCGGCGAACAGAGGCCGGGGUGUCCGUACUAGGGGUCCGAUAUCGCGAAGGGGCAGAGGCAGGGGCUGCAGACAACGGGGCGGUCAGAGAAAGAUAGAAGGACGGUUAUCCAUCACACAGGACGACGCACGAAGAGUUCAAAAUCUCCAAAGUAGACGAAUAGCAGAUGAGCAGACCAGAAUUCAAAGACUAAGUUUAGAACAGAGUCAUCAGAUUUUGGAGACUUGUCUGACCCGGGACCCCAGUCUGAUGUUUGACGUCAUGCGAAUAACAGCAGAUGCUACCCCACCUCCAUUCUCCAUUCAUCCUCUCUCCAGUCAGCUUGCUUGGUGUGUCUGCAGUAACUGCAGAGAUAUGCCAUCUGAUUUAGAACGCAAGUGUUGUGGGCAACAACAAGAGUACUGCAUCUCAAAUCUCCCACAUAUGGAGGUCUAUAUUUUACAAGAGGGGGUACUGAGGUUAGCCAGACGUAUAUGGAAUGAUAUCAGGGCUGUUACUGACACUGCUGAGCCAGGGGAGAGCAAUAGGCAGUUCCGUUAUGCUGCUUACCGUCAGUUUGUUGUGUGGCAAUACGGGUCACUGGGUGAGGGCCAAAGGGUAGUCAUUCCUAGCUGCUGCGUGUGGAAAAUAAGAGAUCGUUUCCCUGAUCCCCAUGGACAGUACAAGGGUUAUGUCCCUCGAAGACUGUAAGGCUAAGUAAGUGUUAUUUGUUAUUAUUGAAAACCCUACAGAAAUUCUUGUGUAAUACAUAGUUUUAAAAAUUACUUUUAUUUCCU